CUUCUACGGUCAUGUAAAUGCGCUAUUGACAGCUAAACAGAAGAAGGGGAGGAUGCGGGCUUUCCUAUAGACACCUCCUCCGUGUUUUGCUUGUAGUUUCUCAGCCACCGGAGAGAUCCGUUUUUUCCCCCCGUUCAUGCCUCCGUCGACCAAAUUCAGGUGGAGUGUCAAUAAAUGAUAACAAAUGCCAUGCUUAUCUUGGUUAGGCGUCUCUGCAGAGCCACGUAGUAAAAUCUCUUCCUACUCCACGCCCUAUCAUUAUUAUCAGUAGAAUCCCAGCACAAUGUCCCCCCCAGCAUCGGCUGCGACAGCGAGUGAAAGCAGCACCACCGUUUUGGAGGAGGACACCAGAGAGGAGCAAAGACCCCUGAAGCAGUCUCUGAGCAAGUCACUAUGCCGGGAGAGUUUUUGGAAAUGCUUGCUCCUGUCCAUACUCAUGUAUGGCUGCAUGGGGGCCAUGGUUUGGUGUCAUGUCACCAAGGUGACCCGCCUCACCUUUGACAGUGCCUUCAAAGGGAAAUCCAUGAUGUACCAUGACAGUCCCUGCUCUGAUGGCUACAUCUACAUCCCCGUGGCCCUACUGGGAAUGCUAUACUUGGUCUAUCUUGUGGAGUGCUGGCACUGUCAUGUCAAGAACGAGCUGCAGCACAAAGUGGAUGUGGAGGGAAUCUAUGAGCGCAUCCAAAGGAUGCAGGAAGCCAAGCCCUGCAUCUGGUGGAAGGCCAUCAGCUAUCACUAUGUUCGCAGAACGCGGCAAGUCACGCGCUAUCGCAAUGGGGACGCCUACACUAGUACCCAGGUUUACCACGAACGUGUCAACACACAUGUGGCAGAAGCUGAAUUUGACUACAGUCACUGUAAUGUCAAAGAUGUUUCCAAACAGCUGCUGGGCUUGGAGAAGUCUGCUCUCACUAAGAUGCGCUUCACCAAGUGCUUCAGUUUCGCCAACGUAGAGUCCGAGAAUUCCUACCUUACGCAGCGAGCCAGGUUUUUCACCGACAAUGAGGGCCUUGAUGACUAUAUGGAAGCCAGGGAGGGCAUGCACCUGAAGAAUAUUGACCUGAAGGAGUAUGUCAUGGUUCUGUCCGACCCAGACCACCACCCCUGGUAUCUGUCCCACUACGUCUUCUGGUUCGCCUCAUUCCUCACUUUCUCUUGGCCUCUCAGGGUUUUCACAGAGUAUCACACUGCAUAUGUUCACUAUCGCGUUGAGAAGCUCUUUGGGCAUGAUUACAUCCCUGUGACACCAUGUGAUGAUAGGCCAUAUUGGCGGCGUAUCCCUCGUGUUAAUACCAUUGACAGUACUGAACUUGAAUGGCACAUUAGGUCCAAUCAGCAACUGGUGCCCAGUUACUCUGAGGCUGGCCUGAUGGACCUUGCUCAAUGCCCUUCCAGCUUCAGCGGGCUCCGUCAGAAUUGUGAGCGCUGCCACCGAGCCAUCAGCUGCUCCUCAGUGUUCUCCAGGAGCGCCCUCAGCAUUUGUACCGGUGCCAGCUCCCGCAUCCCCUUCAGUGGCAGCCGCUUCUCAUUAGCGCGGCGCUAUGGGUCCCAGCGCAGCUGCUUCUGGAGGAGCGGGAGUUUGGACGACCAGGAGAGCCCCAGCGAAAACACCCGCUGUCUGUCAGAGCGCCUUGCCACAGAUGAAGAGGAACCCCCAGUAUACGAGGACGCACUUUGCUACCCAGUGCUCAUUGUCCACUGUAGCGAGAAUUGCCACAACCACAGGUCCCUGCACAGGAAUGGUUCCUGUGUGGAGACUUCCUUAUGACUACUGACAAAACAGUAGCAUUUCUGUAGCAGACAAACACUUUGGACAUCAGAAACAGAGUAUGGGAACACCUCUUACUGUGAGAUAUACUGAUUCAAGCUGUAUCAUCACACUACCUGAAACAAAUUCCUGAAGCCUGAUUGUGAGAAUCACCAAAGCAAUCACAAUGAUAUGUGAAGGGGAACAAUGCG